AGGCCCGAGUGAUCCAGGAGAUGGCACAGAGAGCGACAAAAUACAGGCCUGGGAAGGCUGGCUGGGUUUGGUGCCCAUCGAAUCUCCCGUGAACAACCUCAGCCCUGAGUUUCUCUUUCAGAAGUGCUACGAGUUGGGAAACUCGCGAGAGCACCCAUCCCCGCGGCUGCUGGUGCGGUUGCAUAUGCCAGCGUCAACCGUACUGCGCCACGAUUCUCAUCCUUGCGGUCCCUGUGGGACGGAGCGCCGGUCUCAAAGUUAUGUACCACAGGCAACACAGGUGCCAACACCCCUGGGAGGCCUGAACACUGCGUGGCAAGGUCCAAAUCCGGAUAAGGAGCUCGAGGCCUCAUGGACCGAAGCACCUGGUAG